UACAGCCAUCCUGUGGGCGGCAGCACUGCGCUGUGUUGGCACCUUUGCUAAGUCGGAAACCGGAAUUCCGUCACCACCAACUGAACUGACUACCGCUACCAUUUUAACGGGAAGAGUGGAGAGCUAGCUAGCUGGGAAACUGCGUGUUUGUUGUUCAGCGGUCUUAUUUACACCUACAACUAUUUCACCAUGGCUAUGCAAGCAGCGAAACGUGCUAAUAUCCGAUUACCUCCUGAGGUGAACAGAAUCCUGUACGUCAGGAACCUUCCUUACAAGAUCACAGCGGAGGAAAUGUAUGAUAUCUUUGGGAAAUAUGGACCAAUACGUCAAAUCAGAACAGGGAACACGCCUGAAUCAAGAGGAACCGCCUACGUGGUUUAUGAAGACAUCUUUGACGCCAAGAACGCCUGUGACCACCUGUCAGGCUUCAACGUCUGCAACCGUUACCUGGUGGUCCUCUACUACAAUGCAAACAGAGCUUUCCAGAAGAUGGACACGAAGAAGAAAGAGGAACAGCUGAAGCUUCUAAAAGAGAAAUACGGCAUCAACACAGACCCUCCAAAGUAGCGGUCAUCCACCUCCACGCCUUUCACCGUCACAUUCAAAGUCUUUUUUUUUUUUCUCUGUCCGUACAAACCUCCCAGGUUUCUUGGUUUUACGCUGGUGUCACGGAUACAGUUGUUGAAAAUAUUCUUUAAAAAAAAAAAAUGAAAUUUAGGAGUCGGAUUUUGUUUCCAUCAGCAAAUAUGUGUGAAAUUGAACACUGUUUAGCCCGGCAGUACGUGAGUUAACAUCAGGGCAGGGAACUGUUGUUCACUCAUCUGUUUGGUUGAUGAUCCUGUCAGAGUGAUUGACCAGCGGGACAAACUCUUGAGCAACGAAAAAGUAGAUUUAGGUGGUGUAUGGUCAAAGUACUCACCCUGGGUAAGAUGUUGAAAUCUCUCAGCAUGUCACUUUUCGCUGUUUUUGUUAUUCUUUUCAUACUUCUACAAUCUUACCUUUUUUAAUUUAAAGCUAACCAUGAUCAGGCAGUGUGUGAUAUCAAGUUGAGUUGAUCAGUACACACUGUCUAAAGUGUAUGGUUUCUGUAAAAUAAAUGUCCCUUUUUCUUAAAGUU